GACGGGACCCCCCUCUUGCCCAGGGUCACGCACUCCUGCGUGUAGCCGAAAGCAAGAGGCCGGGGGGGGCGUCCGAGCCUGCCGAGAGGGCCCGUCCCUCCUCGCUUCCCCCCCCCGCGGGCGCGCCGCCCAGAGAGGCACACCUCCGGAUCUGUGGGGCCCCGCGGGCCGGGCCCCUUUGCUCCAGCAGCGGCGCGAGGCGUCCCGGCUCGCGUGCAGGUUUUUGGCGUCUCUCGGAGGUGUGCCUUCUGUCUCGGGGCUGGACAGGCCCCCCAACAGUGACACGUCGAUCAGUGCAUUGUCCGUUUUCGGUUCUCGAGAGGGCGCCGCGGCCGUUCUUUUCCGGGCCCGCGCCCGCCAGGCUUGGGCCUCGGGUCGUUCUCACUGAACCACGUUUUGCUAAAGGGGGUCUGUCCAUCCCCGAUGUUCUGCUGCUAGAGAGGCGAGGCUCGACCUUCGCGAGGCUCGGCCUCGAGAAUCGUGCUGCCCGUGCCUCUCCUCUGGGGCCCCUUGGGGAGGCCCGCGCCGCCGCGGCUGCGCACGCGCCACAGGGUCCUCCUCUCCGUCGGGGGGCAUGGGGCUAGAUUUCGGACAGGGCGAGCCCUGGGUGGCGCUGUGGAUGCGGCGCAACCUCCGGGACGAGACGCUGCAGAGCUCGGCGGAGGCCGACGGCCCGUCGGCGGCGCUGCGCGUGCUGGACGUGCCCGAGGACGAGGACCUGCUGAACGUCGGGAUGUGGGAGGACAAGGCGACCAAGCAGUGGUGCAAGUUCGACGUGCCGGGCCCGGGGGACUUCGGCGUGUGGCUCAGCAGGAAGCGCGUGCCCGACGUGGAGGGCGAGCGCCGGUUCCACCCCGCGGGUGCGCCGAAGGUUUUCUGGACGUGCCACGGCUCGAGGAAUCCCGAGGAGAGCGCCCAGUGGAUCGACAAGAUCGUGAGCCGCGUCGAAGCCGGGGACCAGACCUGCCGCCGCCGGUGGCCUUCAAGGGCAAGCUCUACGCGGACCGACGGGGUGGAGCUGCGGAGGGAGCACCCGGAGGUGACGUGCCUCAUAUGACGCCGGGCCUAACGCCUCCCAUCUCACCCCCCUCAAUUGUCCUCAUGAGGUCCCCCCCCUUUCUGGUGGAUCCCGAUGCCCGCCCCGCCGCGUCUGCGGGCCGGCCGCGCCCGCGCGCUGCCGGGCAGGGCGGCCGCGACGGGCGCCGCCCCGGUGCUCGCCGAGGGCGGGCUGGCGGCGGCGUGCGGCGCCG